UCAGCAAACUUUCAGAGCACAGUUCUAAGUGAGUUCUCCCUUGUACAACACCUUGAUUUGGUAUCAAGUCUAUUAGAAGAAGUCAUCUGGUAAAAAAUGUCGCCUUGCUCAACACCAUUGUUCCUGUGCACAUUCCUUCUUUCGUGCUAUAUUCUAAUUGUGCCAGGACAAUCGGCCAGCAGCGAUAAAUACAUCGAUAGUGGUUCACAGAAACUUGAUACUCGAGAUGGCAGCAGUGGGCCUGGAAAUAUCAGGUCGCUGGGAUCGCACAGAAAUCUAAGAUCAAUUUAUGGAUUUCCAAAUCCAAGGAUGAUGCAGAUUUCACGUUCGAAGAUUCCCAUCGAGUUGGAUUUGCUGAUUGACAGUGAAAACGACAACGAGAGGACAAAGCGAUUUGAUGAUUAUGGGCAUAUGCGUUUUGGAAAGCGUGGCGGAGAGGAUCAGUUUGACGAUUAUGGUCAUAUGAGGUUCGGACGUUAAGAAAAGAAAAUUCUGAUUCUGAUGACGAGAGACUUAAGACGAUAAUUUUUAUUUUUAAGUUACAAAAUAUUGAUUGGGAAAAUUUUAACACUUAAACAUUAAUUAAAGCAUUCCAAAAAUGUAAAAAAAAUAUCAUAAA